UACACACGUGUACACACUGAGUAAAGAAUUUGUGCAUUGCUUACUUUUCUCCUGGAAUACAUGAUGAAUUUUUAUGGAGGGUAGGAUAGGAAGGGAAGAACCACAUUCAAGUGAAACCCAACAUCAUUCUCCUCUACAGUAUCAUUUCAAAAGCCAGAUAAAAGCCAAAUCAGGAGGCUGGGAGAAGAGUGUCCAACGUAGCUGUUCUGAAAACCACCCUCCAUUUCAUUCUGGAGCAGGGAGGUUACACCACACAUCACAAAAGCUUCUCUCCUCGCAGAAAAUUAACUGAUUUCUUCAUUCUGCAUUUAGCAAGGUUAUGGAAGAUCUAGAGGAAACACUAUUUGAAGACUUUGAGAACUACUCCUAUGCCCUGGAAUAUUACUCCCCAGAGACUGACUUGGAAGAGAAAGCACACCUAGGAGUCGUUCACAGCAUCUCCCUCGUGUUAUACUGUUUGGCAUUUGUUCUGGGCAUUCCAGGAAAUGCCCUUGUCAUUUGGUUUACGGGAUUCAAGUGGAAGAAGACAGUCACCACUCUCUGGUUCCUCAACCUAGCCAUCGCAGAUUUCAUUUUUCUUCUCUUCUUGCCCCUGUACAUCUCCUACGUGGCCAUGAAUUUCCACUGGCCCUUUGGCAUCUGGUUGUGCAAGGCCAAUUCCUUCAUUGCCCAGUUGAACAUGUUUGCCAGUGUUUUCUUCCUGACGGUGAUAAGCCUGGACCGCUAUAUCUACUUGAUCCACCCUGUCUUAUCUCAUCGGUACCGGACCCUAAGGAACUCUCUGAUUGUUAUUAUAGUUGUUUGGCUUUUGGCUUCACUAAUGGGUGGUCCAGCCCUGUUUUUCCGGGACACUCUGGAGUUCAAUAACCACACUCUUUGCUAUAACAACUUCCACGAGCAUGAUCCUGACCUCACGUUGAUGAGGCAUCAUAUUCUGACCUGGGUGAAAGUUAUUGUUGGGUACCUCUUCCCUCUUCUAACAAUGAGCAUUUGCUACUUGUGCCUUAUCUUCAAGGUGAAAAAGCGAAGCAUUCUGAUCUCCAGUAAGCACUUCUGGACCAUCCUGGCUGUGGUCAUUGCCUUUUUGAUGUGCUGGACUCCUUAUCACCUGUUUAGCAUUUGGGAGCUCACGAUUCACCACAAUAGCUAUUUCCACCAGGUGCUGCAGGCCGGAAUCCCCCUCUCCACUGGCUUGGCAUUCCUCAAUAGUUGCUUGAACCCCAUCCUUUAUGUCCUAAUUAGUAAGAAGUUCCAAGCACGCUUUCGGGCCUCAGUUGCUGAGAUACUAAAAUAUACGCUGUGGGAAGUGAGCUGUUCUGGCACAGUGAGCGAACAGCUCGGGAACUCUGAAACCAAGAAUCUGUGUCUCCUGGAAACAGCCCAGUGAAUUCUUACUCUUCCACAAAUCAGUAUAUGGCUUUUGUGUGGGUCCCCUGACAGAUGCUUUCGGAUUAUUUGGGUCCAAGACAUAGAGCUGACUGUAUCUUUUUAUUGUUUUUGGUCAUUUUACUGGCAUCAUAUUUUUCUAUUGAUAUAAAACAUAAGAAGGAUCUUCGGUUUUUUUUUCCAGCAACUUAAAUUAUCUGUGUUAUUCUUGCUAAUUAUACUGUAGUGGAUUAAUUAACACUAUUUUUUCAAUUUUAAUGACUUUUUUAAAGUUCUAAAUCUUAAUAUUAAAUAUAUGACUAAUUUCAAAAAUAUAAAAAUGUGUGCUUAAGCUCACUUUAAUUUUGCACAAGUAACCUAUUAGACCUAGUCUUAAAAUACAACAUAUGUACUUAAUUUCUUUAUUUCAUGUAAUCUGUAUAUUGCAUUUAUGAAUUAAAGUAAUAGUUGGUUAUAGUA